AUGGAUCAGUUAAGGGACGAUCUUAUUCAGAUGAGAACUCAGGUUACUGCUCAAAUGGCUCAGUUCAUGGAAGUCAUGCAAAACAUGGCUGAUCGCCAAGAGGAACUCAGAAUCAGGAUGGACACAGUUGCUCAGGUUGUUGCGGACCCUCCACAAAGAAACCCCGCUGAUAUUCGUGUCAAUGGUGAAUCUGUGAUCGGAGGACCUGGUGUAAUUCCUCCUGCUGCUAAUCAAGGUAAUCCUUAUGGGCCCCCCCAGCCCAUUCCUGAAGGACAAGCCACACAACAAAUCAGAAGAGCUGCUGCCAUCCCCGUGUUGGAAGAAGAUCGACACGAGGAUCUAUUUCCUGAAAGUGAGUUGGGAUUUCCACAUGAUGCUGGAAGGUUGUUCAGAGGACUGGAGGAAAGGAUGAGGGCCAUGGAAGGCCAAGGACUCGGUAUGGACAUUAAUGACUUGGGUUUGGUUCCUGGUGUCCGUGUGCCGCCAAAAUUCAAAGUGCCAGAUUUUGAGAAGUACAAGGGGAAUACUUGUCCCAAGACCCAUGUCCGAGCUUACUAUCGCAAAAUGCAUGUAUACUCUGAGGACGAAGGACUAUUGAUGCACUUUUUCCAAGAUAGCCUGACUGGGGCAUCCUUGGAAUGGUAUAUGAGGUUGGAGAGAACUCACAUCCGAAGUUGGAGAGACCUGGUUGAUGCCUUCAUAAAGCAGUAUCAGUAUAAUGUUGACAUGGCACCAAAUCGCACUCAGUUACAGAAUUUAUCCCAGAAAGCUAAUGAGUCCUUCAAAGAAUAUGCGCAGAAAUGGCGCGAGCUGGCGGCUAGGGUCCAGCCACCCAUGUUGGAAAGAGAAAUGAUGGACCUGUUCACCAACACUCUAGAGGGUCAAUACUAUUCCGCCUGUUCUGCAUCCUCAAGUUUUGCCGAGUUGGUUAUGAUUGGUGAGCGAAUUGAAAGUGGAAUUAAGGCUGGUAGAAUACAGAAUCCGAGUGCUGCUAGUUCCUCCUCUGGGGCUGGUGGAAAGAAGCCAUAUAAUGGGUUUGCUAAGAAAAGAGAAGGUGAAACGAGUGCUGCUUACUAUGGUAGUGGCAGAAAUCAGGCUCAUCAACAAGUAGCCGCUGUGACUAUCCCAAAUGCUCCUUUCCAACAUCAACAACAAGGGUAUCAGCCGCGUCAGUACCAACAACGACCGAAAUUGCCAGAAAGAGCUUUUGAUCCGAUCCCAAUGACAUACGCACAAGUAUUGCCAUAUCUCCUCGAUUUGAACUUGGUCCAAUUGAGGACUCUAGCCACUCCUGCUAAGCUGCCUCCUAAUUGGGAUGCUAAUGCAAGGUGUGAAUUCCACUCUGGGUCACCUGGACAUAAUAUUGAAAACUGUAAAGCGUUGAAGCAUAAAGUCCAGGAUUUGCUCGACUCCAAAGCCAUCGAGUUUACUCCUACUCAAGGGCCUAAUGUUGUUCAGAAUCCUAUGCCUCCCCAUGGAACCCAUGCGGCAAAUGCUAUUGAGGUUGUUGAAGACACUCACCUGGUUAAAGAUGUGAUCGAAUUGGGUUCAUUGCUGCCAUUAUUGAAGAAGGAAUUGUUGAGGAUGAGACUAUACGCUGGUUGUGGAGAAUUCUGUCCUAAUUGCAUGGUCACUUCAUCAGUUUGUGAUAAAGUGAAGAAUGGUAUUCAACAGUUGAUAGAUAGUGGGUAUCUACAGUUUGAGCGUGUAAGACGGCCCGAGGUAUUUGAGAAUGAAAUUAAUGUGGCAUCCAUCCCUUACACUCCUGCCAAGAUCCCAAUUCCUGCCAGAGCACCUCCUUUGGUUAUUACAUCACCUGGUCCCGUUCCGUAUACUAGUGAGAAAGCAAUCCCAUGGAAUUAUGGCGGAGAAGUUUUCUACCAAGGGGCCAAGUACGAGAUUAAAACACCGGUUGAGAAAGAAGAUGUUGAUAAUGUUGUUGGCAUUGGAAGAAUGACAAGAAGUGGUCGUAUUUUCAAUCCUCCCCAGAAUACUCGCGAUGACAAUGCAGAAGCUCUAGCUCAAGCAAAAGGGAAAAGAGUGGUAGAAGAUACGGUAGAUCCGGGGCAAAGCUCUAACUCUGAAGAUACUGUGGCCAAAGAGAUGGAAGAGUUCCUAAAGAUCAUCAAGAAGAGUGAGUAUAAAGUGGUUGACCAGCUGAGUCAAACUCAAUCUAAGAUCUCGAUCUUACAGUUGCUCUUAUGCUCCGAGACGCAUCGAAAUGCUUUAUUGAGACUCCUAGGCACUGCCUUUGUCCCUCCUGAGAUCUCAGUAAAUCAGCUUGAAGGGGUUGUGUCUAAUAUCAAUGCUGGAAACGGAUUGGGAUUCACUGAUGCAGAUUUGCCUUCUGAAGGUAGAAAACAUAAUAGAGCUUUGCACAUAUCUGUGGAGUGCAAGGGGACUAUUUUAUCUCGUGUUCUUGUUGAUAAUGGAUCUUCUUUGAAUGUGUUACCAAAGUCGUCUUUAAUGAGGCUAGACUAUUCUGGUGUUGAGAUAAGGCCGAGCGAAUUAACUGUGAGAGCCUUUGAUGGCUCAAAGAGGUCGGUGUUUGGGGAGGUUGAUUUACCAGUGAUGAUAGGUCCUCAACUCUUCACUAUUACUUUCUUUGUGAUGGAUAUCCACCCGGCCUACAGUUGUCUCCUGGGGCGUCCAUGGAUCCAUGCUGCUGGGGCCGUGACUUCCACAUUGCAUCAGAAACUCAAAUUCGCCACUCAAGGGAAGAUAGUCACAAUAUGUGGGGAGGAAGAGCAUGUGGUAAGCCAUCUUGCGUCUUUCAAAUAUAUUGAUGUGGAAGGGGAGGUCCACGAAACACCUUGUCAAGCGUUUGAGGCUGUCCAGACUAUCAAGAUCCCUUAUGUUGAAAAGAAGAAGUUGGAGGCUCCUAUGUCUUCACUAAAGGAAGCCAAAGCUGUGGUUGAAUCUGGUCAUCCUGAAGGAUGGGGCCGAGUCUUGGAUCUACCAAUCAAGCAGGAUAAGUGUGGGAUUGGAUAUCAGUUGGGGCAGAGUUCUUCUGAUGGGUCCUUCAAGAAGCCCGGAACCUUCGUUCCAAUCAAGUUCUCUAGUGCUGGCAUCGUCAAGGAUCAUGUUUGCGCUGCUGAUGAUGAUGUGGAUAGAAAGUUGCUUGGUUUCAUUGUAAGUGAAAGGGGUAUCGAGGUCGAUCCCGCCAAGGUAAAAGCUAUACAAGAGAUGCCUGAGCCGAGAACUGAGAAACAGGUUCGUGGAUUCUUGGGAAGGUUAAAUUAUAUUGCAAGGUUCAUCUCACACCUUACCGCCACGUGUGAACCUAUCUUCAAGUUAUUGAGAAAGAACCAGGCAAUAAAGUGGGAUGACAAUUGUCAAAAGGCAUUUGAUAAGGUUAAAGAGUAUUUGCAAGAGCCUCCAAUCCUCAUGCCUCCAGUGGAAGAAUAUGACAUCCAAUACACUACUCAGAAGGCCAUUAAAAGUAGUGUGAUUGCUGAUUAUCUUGCACAUCAACCUGUGGACGAUUACCAGUCUAUGUACUUUGAGUUUCCUGAUGAAGAUAUAAUGAUUUGUUUUGAUUGUACUAAUAAUGUGGCUGAAUACGAGGCUUGCAUAUAUGGUAUUGAGGCGGCCAUUGAUUUGAGGAUUAAAAAUCUUGCAGUUUAUGGAGAUUCCGCUUUGGUGAUUAGCCAGAUUAGCGGAGAUUGGGAAACACGCCACCCCAAUUUGAUUCCUUAUAGAGAACAUGUUGUGAAACUGGCUCAAUAUUUCGAUGAGAUCACUUUUGAUCAUAUCCCUCGAGAGGAAAACCAUUUGGCUGAUGCUUUGGCCACUUUAGCAUCCAUGUUCAAAGUCAAAUGGGACAAUGAAGCGCCGUCAAUUGUGAUCAAAAGGUUGGAUGAGCCUGCAUUCUGUGGUGUCAUUGAUAAUGUGCCUGAUGAGAAACCAUGGUUUUAUGACAUUAAGAAAUUUCUGGAAACCCAAGAGUAUCCUGAGGGUGCUUCCCUCACAGAUAGGAAAACUCUGAAGAGACUAUCUGCCAAGUUCUUCAUUGCCGGAGGUGUGUUAUACAAGAGGAACUUUGAUUCUGUGUUGCUUAGAUGCGUGGAUAGACACGAAGCAGCAAAGAUCAUGCAAGAGGUACACGAAGGAUCCUUUGGUACACAUGCAAGUGGGCACACCAUGGCUAGAAAAAUAUUGAGAGCAGGGGCAACUCCUUUCUCGUUGGUAUAUGGCAUGGAAGCGAUUCUUCCGGUGGAGGUUGAAAUCCCUUCAUUAAGGGUAUUAACAGAUGUGAAGCUCAGUGAAGCCGAUUGGGUUCAGACCAGAUUUGACCAAUUGAACCUCAUUGAUGAAAAGAGGCUAGCGGCCAUAUGCCAUGG